AUGAAAACUCUUACCAAGCUUAAUAAAUAUGAUUUUAUUAUUACUAUUUUGGAAUCUGAUACUCAAAAUUUACCUGGUCCAAGAUAUCAAGUAACCUGUGGAUUAAAAAGCAGCGAAAUUUGCACAAGUUCUUCUGUGACAAUUACAUCUCUAUACCAACAAAUUUUUAAUACAAAGACCAAAUUCUCGGGACCACUUGUGAUGGGUUUUGAUCAACAAGAUAUUGUGAAUCAAAUGUUAGAAAAUAUUCAAUUUCGACCUUUUGAAUUUUUUAUAGAAAAACUUAGAAUAAUAAUUAUUGAAAUUGGUACAUCAAAAAAUUGUGAAUGGAAUUAUGCUGGAGUGGGAUAUCAAUCUUCUUUUACUUAUAAAAUAGAAAAAGAAAAUUUUUUAUUUGUUAAACAUUUUACUGAUACAAAAUUAGAUAAUAAGCCAAAAUAUAAUGCAAAUACUUUAUUUGGUCUUGAAAAUAUUUACACACAAGAAUUAAUUAGACAAUUAAAGUAUGAAUUUUGGACACGAUCAUUAGAUUCAGAAAAGGAUCAAGAAACACUAAAAAAUUUAUAUAAUCUAAGUUUUUUUCAACCAGUUCCUAAUUAUAAUCAAGCUAAAAUUUUUUGGGGAUCACGUCGAUAUGCAAGAUUUUAUGGACUUGGUGGUGAAUGUUUGGAGAAACCUAUUUAUGAAAGAAACAGAAUUUCUCAAGAAAGAUUAGAUCAAUUACAACAAUUUUUAAAUGAUAAAAAUAAUAUUAUAAUGAGCAGUUACAAAACUGAUACUAAAACAGGACUUCUAGUAAAAUAUAUCAAAGAUACAAAAGAAGCAUUAUGGGAAAAAUUUA